AUGGAGAAAGAAUUCGGGCCUUUCCACGUCACGUAUAGAUUGAACAUGUACUCCAUGAGCUAUGGAAUGAUAUAUCCCAACCCUGCGACCAACAAGUGGCGACUACUGGCUAUCCGUAAGUCUAAAUUUAAUAACUGGAUGUGUCUUCUCUACCAUAAAGAGGAACCGACCAGCCAAAUCCUAGCCUUGAUAAACAAAGACUAUGCCUCCUUCAACCAGCUGCCUGAGAGCUACAAACCUCUGGUCAGAGGCUACGUCAAGAACACCAGGUUCUACCAGAACAUCUGGAUCGCUUGUGUGCUGAUGAUCCUCUCCACUUUCGUCUUGACUGCAUCUGUGAUGAAUAUCUGUGAAACUUUGUUCAGCUCAGAACCAAAAAGGCACAUGAUCUACGAUGUCCGUUUACCAAUCGACCGUCCAGGAGCUCAAUUCGAAACGCCAUACUUUGAAAUACUGUACAUAUACAUGCUGUACAUAGCAGCAGUAUAUACGAUAAACUUCACCGGUUACGAUGGCUUCAUGAUAGCUUGUGUUUACCACGCGUGCCUGAGGAUUGAACUGUUUUGUAAAUAUGUCCAUGACGCUAUGGAUUAUGAAGGCGAUGAGCUGAGGAAGCGAUUGGGUGAAGCUGUCAACCAUCACUGCGAGACUUUUAAAUUGAUCGAGAAGUGUGAAUCUUCCUUCAACUUCUACCUGGGUCUGGUGUACGUGGUAGUUACCACUGAACUGUGCCUCUGUCUAUACCUGGUGAUGGAGGGAUUCGAGUUUGAUUACAAGUUUUCUUCAUUCAGUAUUGGCACCAUCUUGCACAUCUACGUGCCUUGUCUUGUCGCUGAAAAACUGAAGUCCGUUUGUGAGAACGCUUCAGAUUUAAUAUACUGCUGUGGAUGGGAGAACAACUAUGAUCUAUCCAUGCGCAAGUUUAUCCCUUACAUGAUGGCGAGGGCGCAAAAACCUGUAGCCAUGAAAGCCUUGGGUCUCAUCACGUUUGAAAUGAGCUUGUUUGCAUCCACCAUGAAGACGGCUUAUUCCAUGUACACGAUAAUAAAAACUCAAUAAAUUGCAACCUAGUUGACUGGGAGAGGAUGCCGCAAGAAUUCCAC